CUGAGAAGAAUUCCGGAAGUAUUUUUGAAAAUCCAGCGGUGGACAUCUGCUUAGAAUGGCUGGUUUCGGGCGACUAAGCAGACACUUUCAGAAGCGCAGGAAAAAGAAUGGCAGCAGCCGACGUUUGGCCAUGAAGGCCAAGCAGUCAUUAACUCCAUCAUGUGACAGUCAAGUAAACGUUAAAAAGAAUUCAGUUGACAGAACAAAGGUGGAGCUGGUUGUAAAGACCUGUAAUAAGAACACUGAGAGACUAUCCUUCUCUCUAAGAAACGGAAGGUUGUUGAAUACAGUUUGGAAAGUUAUGCAACAAUGUCAGCACAGAAUCAGUCAGAUCUGGACUGGAUUUUGCAGUGUUUUAUUUUUCUGGAGAUUUCAUGCCCAGAGAGUGGAAAUUCUUCAUCAGAAGGUGGAGGAGCUUCAGAAGGAAUUACAGCUGCUGCGUACUAAUGCUCUGUUAUCUCCUGAGUCAAGAUGCUCCGGCUGCCAUGGUACAACUGUUGCACCACCUAUUGCUCUUCUUCCCUCCCCACCACUUCCACCUCCUCCUCCACCUCCACCACCACCACCAGCUAUUCAAGUGCCACAGAGACUGCCUUUAGUAUCUAAAAGCAGGACCAGUCACUCAUCAUUGCAGGAGAAGGUUGAUCGAUGUGUUGCUGUAACUCUUAAGGAUCUGCAGGCAGUGCAGCUAAGAAAAGUAACUGCUAAUAAUAAAGUUUUGAUGUCACCGGAUGGAAAAAGAGCCCCCAUGGUCACUCUAGCAGACCUACAGAAGGUCAGUUUAAGACGUGUUCAGUGCAGCUUCCCCUCGACAAAGAGGCGUAGCCCAGGCAGAUCAUCAAGCAAAAGCCCCAUGAAACUACGCUUCCAACUUAGAAAAAUCCCAAUUGACCGAGCUCCAAGUGAUACACCACUGUGUAAUAAAGAAAAUGUUGAGAAGUAUUCACACAUUAGUGCACUAAUUAACAAUGUUUUGGAAAACAACUGCCAGGGUGCUUUUCCUGGAGGAUCAUAACCACUGUAUGCCAUCAGCUGAAAAUGGGACAUCAAGAAACCAGACAUUUCAAUGAUUUAUUGUGCUCUCACUGAGUAUUGUAUAGUCCCCUUUGAAAGUAUUGGAAGAGCAAGGCCAAUUCUAUUGUUUUUACUAUACACUGAAGACGUGAGUUUGAGAUCAAAAGACAAAUAUAAAACAAUAGAUGAGAAAUUAAGCUUUCAUUUCCUGAUAUUUAUCUAGAUGUUAAACAACAUGCACCAACAUGGUACCUUUGUUAGCAGAUCACGUAAUUUUUAGGUAAGCAAAGGUUCUAGAACAGAAAGACUUAAAGUAAAUAACACUUAAUAUUUGGUUACAUUUCACUUGCUUGCAAUAACUGCAUCAAGAUGGUGAUCCACUGACAUCAUCAAACUGUUUCUUUUUUUUCUUUUUUUACAGGUUUUUACUGCAGCUUCUAUCAGUUGUUAUUUGUUUUGGGGCUUUCAUCCUUCAGUCUCCUCUUCAGGAUGUGAAAUGCAUGCUCAAUUUGUUUAAGGUCUGGUGAUUGACUUGGCCAAUCUAAAACCUUCCACUUGGUGAAGUUUUUUGUUGAGUUGGCAGUCUGUUUUGGGUCAUUGUCUUGUUGCAUGAUGAAGUUCCUCCCAAUUAGACUGGUUGCAUUUCUCUGUAAAUUGGCAGACAGAAUGUUUCUGUUGAUUUCUGAAUUCAUUCUGCUGUUACCAUCAUGAUUUACAUCAUCAGUAAAGAUUAGUGAGCUCAUUCCAGAAGCAGCCAUGCAAGCCCAAGCCAUGACACUACCUCCACCAUGCUAGACCGAUGAGCUUGUAUGUUUUGAAUCAUGAGCAGAUCCUUUCUUUGUCCACACUUUGGCCUGUUCAUCACUUUGGUUAAUCCUAAAUAAUACCUAAAUAAAUAAUACCUAAACUUUUGCGACUCAUCUCUGUAUUUCUUUGUGAAUUCCAGUCUGGCCUUCCCGUUCUUACUGCUGAUGAGUUCUUGAGGUUUUCUUCAAAUAGUGGAUCACCUUGCCCUGUGAAGGCUGUUGGUGAUAUCAGUGACUGUUGUUUUGGGGGUUUUCUUCACAGCUCUCACAAUGUUUCUCAUCCAAACAUAACAAAAUUGUUUAAUUGGCAGUACCCAAUGUGUGUGCAAUGGCUCUGAUUGAUUUCCCCUUUUUUCUCAGCUUCAAAAUGGCUUGAUUUUCUCCCACAGACAGCUGAAUGGUGUUCAUGUUGGUUUAUCCUUAUUAAUAACAAAUUAGUUCUUCACAGGUGAAACCCAGGGAUCAAUCCAACAGUAGAUAUUCAGUGCUAUUAAUUGUUUAAACAAUCUAUCAUGGCACACCUGGGCAACAAGUAACACCUGUCAGUUACAUGUUCCAAUAUAUCUGAUCACUUAAAAAAACGUGUGGGUUCAAACAAAAGGUGUCAUGUUCUAAAUUGUUUAACAGAUCUAGAUAUAUAUAUUAGGAAAUGCAAGCUGAAAUUCUGAUCUAUCAUCUCAUGUUCAUCUUUUUAUCUCAAUCACAAAUGUCUUCAGUGUGUAGCAAAAAUAAAGAAUUGGCCUUGCUAAUCCAAUA